GCCAGCAGCGGGUCGGGCCUGAGACCCGCGCCCGGCGGCGGGCCUGCUCUGAGCGCUGGCGGAGGGCGGGCGGGGGAGAGGUGAGGAAAAUCCAGCAAGGAAAAGCUCCGGAGAUCGAGCCCGUCGCGUCACAUGAGCUGACAGGAUCCGUACGCGCUCCCCUCAGCGCAACAAAGAGCCAGGAACCCUUCUGCCCGCCGCGGGACGGGGCUGCCAUGGGACCCUGAGGGCCGGCUCUCACAGGAUUCUUCUGCCCAUUGAUGAUUAAAACAUCGCCUGGAGUUUUGGAAUGGAUCAGAUGCGUCAAUCAAAUGUUACCACAUUGCACCCAAAGAGAGGAAUGCCAUCCAGCUGGGGGGCUUUGCAGUUGCUGGUUGGCUGCUGAACAGCAUGCAGUCCUUUCGGGAGCAAAAUAGUUAUCACGGAAACCAGCAGAGCUACCCACAGGAAGUGCACAGUUCGUCCCGACUGCAGCAGUUCAGCCCCCGGCAGCAGGCCCAGAUGUUCCAGAGCUUUGGAGGAGGUGCCAGCAGUGGACGUCGUGGAGCAACAGGAGCCUCUACAGCAAUGCCUGGUGAAAGCUCUGGCCAUCAGAGUUAUCAGGGUUUCAGAAAAGAAACAGGAGAGUUUUACUAUAUGUCUGCCAAUAAGGAUCCAGUAGUGUCAGGAGGGCAGCAGCCACCUCAGCGCAGGCCUUCUGGACCAGUACAGAGCUAUGGCCCCCCUCAAGGGAGUAGCUUUGGGAGUCAGUAUGGAAGUGAGGGACAUGUGGGCCAGUUUCAGACACAGCAUUCAACCCUUGGGGGUGUAUCCCACUAUCAACAGGAUUAUACUGGUCCUUUUUCUCCAGGGAGUUCCCAGUAUCAGCAGCAGACUUCUAGCCAGCAGCAAGUGCAGCAGCUGAGACAGCAGAUCUAUCAAUCUCAUCAGCCUUUACCCCAGGCUUCCAGCCAGUCUGCUUCUAGCACCUCACACCUGCAGCCCAUGCAGCGUCCAUCCACCCUGCCUUCCUCUGCUUCUGGAUACCAGUUACGAGUGGGUCAGUUCAGCCAACACUAUCAGCCACCUUCGUCAUCGUCCUCCUCCUCAUUCCCGUCCCCACAGCGUUUUGGCCAGUCAGGACAGAAUUAUGACGGAAGUUACAGCGUGAAUUCUGGCUCGCAGUAUGAAGGCCAUGCUGUGGGUUCCAAUGCACAGGCAUAUGGGACGCAGUCAAACUACAGCUUUCAGACUCAACCAAUGAAAAGCUUUGAGCAGUCAAAGCUGCCCCAAAGUGGGCAGCAGGGGCAGCAGCAACAGCAUCCACCUCAGCAUGUAAUGCAGUAUUCAAAUACUGCUACCAAGCUCUCUCUUCAGAGUCAAGUGGGACAGUACAGCCAGACCGAAGUUCCUGUAAGGUCACCGAUGCAGUUCCACCAAAACUUCAGUCCAAUCUCUAAUCCAUCUCCUGCUGCAUCUGUGGUUCAAUCUCCAAGCUGCAGCUCUACCCCUUCUCCACUCAUGUCAGGUGGAGAUAAUCUCCAGUGUGGGCAAGGCAACAUGUCCAUGGGUUCUAGAAACCGAAUCCUGCAGAUGAUGCCUCAGCUGAGUCCUACACCAUCUAUGAUGCCAAGCCCCAAUGCUCAUGGAGGAGGAUUCAAGGGGUUUGGGAUGGAAGGACUGCAGGAAAAAAGGCUCACAGAUCCAGGGCUGAGCAGCCUGAGUGCUCUAAGUUCUCAAGUGGCCAAUCUGCCUAACACUGUCCAGCAUAUGUUGCUUUCAGAUGCCUUGGCACCUCAGAAGAAAAGUUCCAAAAGGUCCUCCUCUUCAAAGAAGGCCGACAGCUGCACCAACUCAGAAGGCUCCUCCCAGGCAGAGGAACAGCUCAAGUCUCCCCUAGCAGAGUCCCUUGAUGGUGGCUGUUCCAGUAGUUCAGAGGAUCAUGGGGAAAGGGUGAGACAGCUGAGUGGCCAGAGCACCAGCUCAGACACCACUUACAAAGGGGGUAACUUAGAGAGAUCCAACUCCUCACCAGCACAGGGCUCUCAGAAUGAGCCAUCGAAACUCAGCAGCAGCCCUGCAGCUAGGGAAGAUGUGGCCUCCCCUGGCACAAAGGAAGCUGUGGUGGCUGUAGAAAAUGCUCCCAAGGUGAAUGAAAAGGCAGUUGGGGUGAUUGUCUCCCGGGAAGCCAUGACAGGAAGAGUAGAAAAGUCAGGUGGACAAGAUAAACCUGCGCAGGAUGAUGCUUCCACAGCCACUCAGACACCAGCUAGUGCUAGUGGAGCAAAAGAAGCUGGGCAGACAGGGACACAGCCAGAAACUCAAGGAGGAAGCAAAGGAAGCAAAAGUGGAGAUAACACUAACCAUAAUGGAGAGGGGAACAGCCAGCCUGGUCAUGCAGUUGUUGGGUCAAAUUUUCCUGCAAGAACAGAACCUUCCAAAUCUCCUGGCAGUUUAAGGUACAGUUACAAGGAUAACGUAGCAGCAGGUAUACAGAGAAAUAUCAGUGGCUUCCCACAGUAUCCUUCUAGUCAAGAAAAACUGGAUUUUCCAGGGCACAGUGAGCGCAAAGGCCGGAAUGAGAAGUUUCCCAGCCUCCUGCAAGAGGUCUUACAGGGGUACCACCACCACCAUCCAGACAGAAGGUACUCCAGGAACGCACAAGAACAUUCUGGGAUGGCUGGGAGUUUGGAGGGAGCCAUGAGGCCCAAUAUCUUAAUCAGUCAAACCAAUGAAUUGACCAAUAGAGGCCUCUUAAACAAAAGCAUGGGGUCUUUCCUGGAAAGCCCUCACUGGGGUCCCUGGGAUAGGAAGUCUGGCAGUGCAGCUCCUGAUAUGAAACAGAUAAAUCUAGCUGACUACCCUAUUGGUAGAAAGUUUGAUGUGGAGUCUCAGUCAUCUGCCCAUGAAGGGGGGACACUCUCAGAGAGGAGGUCAGUGAUCUGUGACAUAUCUCCAUUAAGGCAGCUUGUCAGAGAUCCUGGCCCUCACCCAAUGGGGCACAUGGGUCCUGAGGGCAGAAGUGGAAGGAGCGAGCGUCUUGCCCCUGGCUUGAGCCAGUCAGUAAUACUCCCUGGUGGUUUAGUAUCCAUGGAAACCAAGAUGAAAGCUCAUAGUGGGCAAAUAAAAGAAGAAGAUUUCGAGCAGUCAAAGAGCUCAGCUAGUCUCAACAGUAAAAAAACAGGAGACCAUUGUCAUCCAGCUGGCAUCAAGCAUGAAUCUUUCCGAGGCAACGCUAGCCCUGGAGCUGCAGUUUCCGAUGCUGCUUCAGACUACAUUCCCCAGCAGGACAGCAGACCAAUGCAGAUGAGACGAGGACCUGGCAGAACUGGAAGCAGCAGGGGCAAAUCACCUUCUCAGUUUCAGGAUCUUGCUGAUAAGCUGAAAAUGUCACCCGGCAGAAGCAGAGGUCCAGGGACAGAUCUGCAUCACAUGAACCCACAUAUGACGCUGUCUGAAAGAGUCAACAGGGCUUCCUUGCAUUCUGCUUACCCUCAGAAUUCAGAAGGCCCGUCUUUGGCUUCAGCAUAUCACACAAAUGCUAGGCCUCAUGCUUUCAGUGACCCUAACCAGAGUUUAAAUUCCCAGUACCAUUACAAGAGACAGAUGUACCAGCAACAGCAAGAAGAGUAUAAAGAUUGGGCAAGCAGCACUGCUCAGGGUGUGAUUGCUGCAGCUCAGCACAGGCAGGAAGGAGCAAGGAAAAGCCCAAGACAACAGCAGUUUCUGGAAAGAGUGAGGAGUCCUGUAAAAAAUGACAAGGACGGAAUGAUGUACUUUCAGGGUAGCUCUUACCAUGAUACUGGAAGCCAGGAAGCUGGCCGCUGUGUUAUGGGGGUUGACAGUACUCAGAGCAAAUGUACCGAACUGAAACAUGGCAACCAGAAGUUGCAGCAUCAUGAAUCUGGUUGGGACCUCUCUCGGCAAACUUCUCCGGCCAAAAGCAGUGGCCCUCUUGGACCCAAUCAAAAAAGAUACUGCCCUCAAGAAAGUGAUGGCCAUCGACGAGAAGAAUCUACAGAUUUGCCUAAGCCAAGCAAUCCCAUGCUUAGGCUUCCUGGCCAGGAAGACCAGUCUCCUCAAAAUCCAUUAAUUAUGAGGAGGAGAGUCCGUUCUUUCAUCUCGCCUAUCCCUACCAAAAGACAGCCACAUGACAUAAAGCACAGUGGCAGUGAAGAUAAAGGGCGUCUGAUGACUUCAGCAAAAGAAGGAGCUGAUAAAACAUACAACUCCUACGCCCAUUCAUCUCAAAGCCAAGAUGUUGGCAAGUCAGUUGCAAAGGGAGAUUCCUUCAAGAAUCUGCCGAGUCCUGAUAAUAGGAAUUGCCCUGCUGUUUCCCUCACAAGCCCAGCUAAGACCAAAAUACUGCCUCCAAGAAAGGGGCGAGGAUUAAAACUGGAAGCUAUUGUUCAAAAAAUUACAUCUCCUAAUAUUAGGAGAAGCGUUUCUACCAACAGUGCUGAAACUGGUGCAGAUACUGUCACUCUUGAUGACAUCCUGGCUCUUAAGAGUGGACCUGAAGGAGGAAAUAUGACUGGACAUGGACCAGAGGCGGAAAAGAGAAAAGGAGAUGUGUCAGAACAAGUGGGGCCAGUCAGCCAGGACACAAUUGGUGAAAUAACUCUUCCAAGAUCCUCAGAAGAGUGGCAAAGCAAUGAGGAUGAUAAAAACAAGAAAAAGGUCCCUGAAACUGCCAGUGUUGGUAAAGAAGGAGCAGGAUCCAGUGCAGCAGCACCAUCUUCUCAGAAGUCAUUUGGUCAGGGAAGGUCAGAGGGAUCUGCAAGCGGAGCUGGCACUCUGACCUUUUCUGACUCAAAACCGAUCUCCCCUUCCAGUGUGUUUACUUCUGAACCAAAUCCAAAGUCUGAGGAAAAAGAUGGAGAUGUGACAAACAUUUCGCCCAAGCCAGAUGGUUUCCCUCCAAAGGGGUAUUUUCCCUCUGGAAAGAAAAAGGGGAGGCCAAUUGGGAGCGUAAACAAGCAGAAGAAGCAACAGCAACAACAACAGCAGCAACAGCAGCAACUGCCCCCACCACCACCACCCCCACCGGUACCUUCACAGUCUUCAGAAGGGGAAGUUGUUGGUGAGCCAAAGCCGAAGAGGCAAAGGAGGGAGAGGAGAAAACCUGCUGCACAGCCACGGAAGCGGAAGCCCAGGCGGGCUGCUCCUAUUGUGGAGCCUCAAGAACCAGAGAUCAAACUUAAAUAUGCUACCCAGUCUGUAGAUAAAACUGACUCCAAGAAUAAGUUCUUUUUCCCUUAUAUUCACGUGGUAAACAAGUGUGACUUAGGCGCUGUGUGCACAAUCAUUAAUGCAGAGGAAGAAGAGCAGAACAAACUGGUGAGAGGUCGGAAAGGACAGCGAUCUUCAACACCCCCUCCUAGCAAUGUGGAGAGCAAAGUGCUGCCCACCUCAACUUUCGUGCUGCAAGGCCCUGUGGUAACAGAGUCUUCUGUCUUAGGGCCUCUGGUUUGCUGCCUGUGUGGCAAAUGGGCCAACUAUCGUAACAUGGGUGACCUUUUUGGCCCUUUCUACCCCCAGGAUUAUGCAGCCACCUUGCCCAAGAACCCACCUCCAAAGAGGGCCACAGAAAUGCAGAGCAAGGUCAAGGUACGGCACAAAAGUGCUGCUAAUGGUUCCAAGACAGAUACGGAAGAGGAAGAGGAACAGCAACAACAGAAGGAACAAAGAAGCCUAGCUGCUCAUCCCCGCUUUAAGAGGCGGCACCGCUCUGAGGACUGUAGUGGAGCCUCUCGGUCACUUUCAAGGGGACCUGCAUGUAAAAAGGCAACCACUGAUGGUGGCAGUGGUGUUGAAAAGACUCCUUUGGACUCAAAACCGUCUAUGCCCACUUCAGAAGGUGGCACUGAGCUGGAGUUACAUAUUCCUGUACUACCUCUUGACAGCAAUGAAUUUUGGGUCCAUGAGGGUUGUAUUCUCUGGGCCAAUGGAAUCUACCUGGUCUGUGGCAGGCUCUAUGGGCUGCAGGAAGCUGUGGAAAUGGCAAAAGAAAUGAAAUGUUCCCAUUGCCAGGAAUCGGGAGCCACCUUAGGCUGCUACAUCAAAGGCUGCUCCUUCCGAUACCAUUACCCAUGUGCCAUCGAUGCAGAUUGUUUACUAAACGAAGAGAAUUUCUCAGUGAGGUGCCCCAAGCACAAGGUUAGGCUGUUGAGAUAAAAAGCGGUGGACGUUCGUGACUGAAUGGAAUCUCUCCCACUGUGCAGCCAUGCCCCCUCUCGACGUGCCUGCCAAUGCCAGCACUUCCUUCAUAAAUUCUUACAUCACACUCAAGACUGAGGACAUCACAGAAUCUGACCAAGGAGUCUGAACCAGCUGUUUCCAUGGACACAAUCUCCAUAGUGACAGUGGGAAGGGGAGGGGGAAAAGGAAACAGGUGGGGGGAAUUAAAGAGGGAGGGAUAAAUAUAUAUAUAUAUAUAAAGAUCUAUUUUUUAGUCUUGAAAGACUUUGUUUUAAAGGAAAGGUGCGCUAUAUCCCUUUUGAUGCUUUUGAUUAAAAUUACCAAAACCCCAUAUAAAUUAAAAAAGAAAACUGUAGCUAAAGUAAAUAUUAAAUCCAAAAUCAAAGCAAGGCUUAUGGAGCCUAACAUUUUGUGAGAAAGAAGAGCAGAACUGGGAAUACUCCAGAUAGGACUUGUCUCCCUUCCUUUUGCUUGCUUUCUCAAGUUCAAUUUUAAAAGGCAGAUAAGAGCAUGAUAAAUUGUAGGGUAUGGGAAGAAGGCUUGGAUGGUUGCAGGUGGUGGGGUGUCAGUACUUGCGUAUGCAGGGUAGGGAGGUUAUUGUUUUUGAGAAACACUGUUAGAACAUCUGAACACUCUUGGGUCAUGAGACUCAUGAAGUAAGAGAUGGCUGCUGCUUGCUAGAUCCCGUACACCUUGUUUGUGUGGGAACAUCUGUACGACACGGUUGGAAGGGCUAUCUGCCCUUUGUGGCAGCAACAUGCACUCCCAAAUUGUUGCAAAGCGCUGCCUUCGGUGUUGAAGGCAGGUGAAAGGAAGAUACAGUUUACCUGCCAGAUGGGUGAGCUGGAAAGGAUGUCUGAAUGUUCUUGGAGUCAGUGUGUCUUCAAACUGAUAAAAAAAUCCAAUUGGCCCUUUUAUUAAUUUACGUUUUGCUUUUCCUGAGGAAGGAAGAGGGAAUGUCAGUGUAACAGCCUACAUGGUGUGGGUAUUUGGGGUGGUUUUGUUUGGUUUGGUGGUUUUUUUUUUUGUAAAUUAUGUAAUUUUAAAACAUUUGGGUUUGUAAGGAUCUACAACAAAAUCCUAAUUUCUCUUUUCUUGUUAAGGCCUUAAGAAAGGGGUUAGUGCAUCUUUCAGGGGUCACUCUGCCAUGGGAAUAAAAUAGCUGUUUCACAAACAGUUUUAUAUAAAAAAAGCUUAAAAAAACCAAAAAAACUAAUAAACUUCAUUUUAACCUUGUCUCCUUUUAUUUUGCGCGAACUUGAUUUGUUUCAAAGGACAGAGAGACAGUACUAUCUGCUGCUUUUUGGUUUCUUUGCCUUCAUCAGUUCUGCCUUCAGUGAUGACCUCCUGAACUGGCCUAGCAAGAGGAAGACCACAAAAGCUUUUAAAAACUAAAGCUUAGGAAUUGUUUGAUGUUCAGAGAUAAAGAGCCAAUGACUGGAUGAAUUUUGUUCAUGUGAAAUUGGGUAUUGCACCAAGUUACUGACUUCUUGUAGGAUGGCAGCAUAUCCUAGCGCUAUCAAACAGCAUGGUGUUUACUGGGAAGUCACUAGAGAUAGGGAUCUAACCAGCAUGACUUGGAUAAAAGAAUGGGGUCGAUAUUGUGGGGAGGGAAGAACUAUUCUAAAAAGUUAUGUACUGGAUGCUUGCUCAACUGCUUGCAUUUUGGAGUAUUCAGCACAUAAAAAAUGAAAUCUAUGAUAGCUCAUAUUAAGAUAUCUAUUUUAACUCUAUUUUUAAAGAUCAAUUUAAAGAUUUGGGAGAUAAUUUGGCAUUUAUUUAUUUCUGGAAGUUGCUACUCUCACUGAUAAGUAUUUAGAAAGAAAGGGCAGUCUUCUGCUUACUGCUUUUUCUGGUAGCAGCUACUUGAGGUAGUAUGUCCUUCUACAUUAAGAAAUAGACCUGUUGUGAUAAAUGUCACUAAUGUGUCCUGAAUUGGUGCUGAAAAUAUUUAACUGCUGGUGUAGUCAGAAAACAAAACUCAUUUUUAGCAUAGUUCAUGUGAUUGAGUAAAUGACUUCUUUUCAACUGAAUAAAAAUUGGUUCUUUUUU